UCUGUUCUCAAAAAUCUUCAAAACAUAGCUCAGAUUCACCUGAAUCCAGCUGUGUGUCCUUAAAGAGUGACAAGUCAAUGGGUAUUCCAUUAAAAUUUAUGGAGGGAAACGCUUCAGAAGAGAGUCUAAUUGAGAAAGAAGGAUCAGAUUCUUCUGAACUGAGCUGUGUGUCAAUGAAGAGUGACCAGUCAAUGGGAAUUCCAAUUAGAUUCAGCAAUGGAGGCUCCUCCGAAUGCAGGGACCUACAGACUGUACCAAAGCAGUCGAGUGGAUUUCAGUUGGAUGUCAUAUUUAAGGAGCUGGAGCAUAAAAUCGUCUCUCUGGUGAAGAAUGAACUCAUCAAGUUCAAAGAGCUACUGAUACUAGAUAAUCCAACCAGCUCUGAGACAGAAUUAGAGGAUGAGAAGGAUCUGGGCUAUGUCAGACACAAAGUGCUGAAGAUCACAACACACAUUUUGAGAAGCAUUAACCAGACACAUCUUGCUAACACACUACAGACAAGAGUGGCUCCUGCUUGUCAGCAGAAGUUUAAAACCAGAAUGCAGAAGAAAUACCAGAUAAUUAAUGAAGGAAUUUCAAAGCAAGGGACCUCGACCCUUCUGAACUUGAUCUACACAGAGCUCUUCAUCACUGAGGGUGGAAGUGGAGAAGUUAACAGUGAACAUGAAGUGAGACAGAUUGAGGAAGCACGCUGGAAGACAGCAGCAGAGGACACUCCAAUCAAAUGCAAUGACAUUUUUACACCCUCACCAGGACAAGACAAAACCAUCAGAACUGUGCUGACAAAAGGCAUUGCUGGAAUUGGAAAAACAGUGUCUGUACAGAAGUUCAUUCUGGACUGGGCUGAAGGAAAAACAAAUCAGGAAGUGCACUUUGUAUUUCCACUUCCCUUCCGGGAGUUAAAUUUGAUGAAGGGGAAAAUCCUUAGUUUGAUGGACCUUCUCUGUCACUUUUUCAUUGAAACGAAGGAAAUGAAACUAAAGGUAUACACGCAAUACAGAGUCAUGUUCAUUUUUGAUGGUCUGGAUGAGUGUCGACUUCCUCUAGACUUCCAGAACAAUGAGAUCUUGCAGGAUGUAACUCAGUCAGCCUCGGUGGAUGUGCUGCUAACAAACCUAAUUAGGGGGAAACUUCUUCCCUCUGCUCUCAUCUGGAUAACAUCUCGACCUGCAGCAGCCAAUCAGAUCCCUCCUGAAUGUGUGGAUCAGGUUACAGAGGUACGGGGGUUCAAUGAUCUUCAGAAACAAGAAUACUUCAGAAAGAGAAUCAGGGAUCAGAGCAUGGCCGAAAAAAUCUGUCAGCAAUAG